UAUUAAAAAGUAUGAUAUAGCAAACAUUUGAACAAAUUUUUGGAUACGUAACACAUUAAUAGAAUUAUCAUGCCAUCGAGAUAACUCUAAAAUAUGAAAAAAAAAAACUCUAAAAUAUGAAUGUACAAGCUACAUUACUGUCAUUACAUCAAAUAUCACCACAUAGUUUGUUUAGGAAUAAAUCUCAUAAGUUAUUUAUUGGAAUACUCAAUAAAUAGUCAAUGUUGCCUUAAUUAAAUAAAGUUUAGAAAAUGUAAGUAAGUUUGACCAAUUCAAAACCUUAAAAGAUCAUUUAUAAAGAUUUUAUUCUAAAUCAGUUACUGUUGAUUUAGUCUCAACUGAUUUAGUCUUUACAUCAAAUCUGUAAGUAGAGAACGAUUAUAACGCUAAAACAGAUAAUUAAGGAGAUAUAUACGUUUAUUAUUUAUUUCUUUGAAAAUAAUAAUAAUGUUUUCACUCUCCCUACCUCCUCCUCCUUUAACUACUGUGUGGUUUUGAGCCUUUCACUUUCAUUUUAACAUGUUUUUACAGUAAAAGAGAGACCAAACUAAACUAGCCUACUGUUGUGAUCAUCAUCUUCCUCCUACCUCUCUUUUAUGCAAGAUGGGUGAGUUUCGAGAAGCUUAUGUCUCCUCGUCUCCUCUACGCACACCGUCGCAAUCACCUAACUUCAGUCUUCUACGUCAAAACUACUUUCAUGGAGAUUUCUCUUUAAACUCGUCGUCGGAUUAUUCUCUGUCGAGUUCCUUCUCUAACGGGUUCUCUUCUUCCGAUGACAGUUCUUCUUCUCCCUUCGCUUCACCUCCGUUCAACGGGAUCAUCCCUAUCCACAACCACGCCACUUAUCAUCAUCAUGAGCCACUGCUUUAUAAAAAUCAUGAGAAGAGUGUUCAUGGUGAUGAUACGGGUCUAUGCGACGAUCUCUACAGCAUGAAAAUCACCGAGGAGACAGAAACUCACGGAGGCUUUUCAUGGUUGAACAACAAUCAAGAUUCCGACCAAAACAUAAACUACAACAAGAGAAACAUGUUUGGGAACCAAACUCAUGAUUCCAUAACCAACACUCGCCAGUUCGGUUGGCCUAGCUACUCAAACAGCAACGUUGGUAAUAACAGUCCUUACAUCAAUGGAGGAGGAGUUAGAGAACAUUCAGCUUACUACAGAACAAUGUCAACAUCAGACAUGUCGCCAUUGUUCUGCCAAGGCUCUGAACCAUUUAGCUUGGAUCAUCAGAGAACCAAAUCAUUCAUCUCUGACCAUGGAAACACUAGUCUUCCUAACGUGUGUGACGUUCAGGGAUAUGUGUACUUGAUGGCUAAAGACCAACACGGAUGUAGAUUCUUGCAGAGGAUAUUCGAUGAAGGAACACCUGUUGACGCCUUGGUUAUAUUCAAUGAGGUUAUUCCUCAUGUCGUUGAGCUUAUGAUGGAUCCUUUUGGGAAUUACUUGAUGCAGAAGCUUUUAGAUGUUUGUAAUGAAGAACAAAGGACGCAGAUUGUGCUUGUUGCUACUGCUGAGCCUGGUCAACUUAUCAGGAUAUCUCUCAACGCAUACGGUACUCGAGUUGUUCAGAGAUUAGUGGAAACGAUUAAGACAGGAAAACAAGUUUCUCUUGUGAAAUCGGCGCUGAGACCUGGCUUUCUUGAUUUGAUCAAGGAUUUAAAUGGCAACCAUGUGAUUCAACGUUGCUUGCAAUGCCUAAGCACUGAAGAUAACAAGUUUAUCUUUGACGCAGCGACAAAGUUCUGCACUGAAAUCGCAACACAUCGACAUGGAUGUUGUGUACUCCAAAAAUGCAUUGCUUAUUCAAUGAGACAACAACGAGAGAAGCUGAUCGGUGAAAUCUCUAGAAACAGUCUCCUACUUGCUCAAGACCCCUUUGGGAACUACGCAGUACAAUUCGUUAUAGAGCUGAGGAUACCUUCCGCGGUAGCGAUGAUGUUGAGUCAGUUAAAAGGGCAUUACGUACAACUUUCCAUGCAGAAGUUUAGUAGCCACAUGGUGGAAAGAUGUCUCAUGCAUUGUCCCGAGAGUCGUCCACAGAUAGUGCGUGAGCUUGUCUCAGUUCCUCACUUUGAUCACCUUCUUCAAGACCCUUACGCUAAUUUCGUCAUCCAAGCCGCUCUUGCUGCCACUAAGGGUCCACUUCAUGCUUCACUAGUGGAAGUCAUAAGACCACAUGCGAUUCUGCGUAAUAAUCCUUAUUGCAAAAGGAUUUUCUCGAGGAAUCUAUUGAAGAAGUGAAAGGAUGUGUUGAGACUGUAAGUCUGUAAUUUCAAGACUCUGUUGUUGUUUUCUGGUCCCAAGGCUUCGUUUUUAUGAAUAAUCUCUCGUGAAUGUGUCCAGACGCGAAGAGCUCUAUGUUUUGUUUUUGUGUUCUUGUUUCUUGUUCUGUAUUUUUUGCUUUGUUGUUUCUUUUGUUUUGUUGUUGUUUUUGUCUAUGUUAAUUUCAUGUUGUAACAAAAUCGGGUUUUUUAAUCCGGUUUAAGCUUUGAAUAAUUUUUAUUAAUACAUAAUAAUUUUAAUUAACUGGUGAAGCCCAUUUAUGGCCUCUUAAGCGUUACACACAAGGAACAUUAGGGUUUUAAACAGAACACUUGAAGCCGCCUCUGUAUAUAUAUAGAUAAGCUAUUCCAUAAUGUUAUACUGUCGUCGUAAGCGUUUCUUAUAUACGAUUACAAUACAACGGUUCUAAACACUGAUUAGAUCCCGUUUUGAUGGCUUCACAUGUUUCUGAAUUGAGAAAUAAGGGUUAGUUUUUUCCUUUCUUUGCUUGUGGGUUGGUUUUUUUGAUAUAAAGAUUGCCUCUUCUUUCAGCAGCAAGAUCUAUUCUUGUUAGCUUUGUUCUGGAGGCACAUAUCAAUUCAUCAUCCUGGAGGAAUUUUAUAACUUUACAGAGUUAUAUUUCUGCAAAUACUAUCCUUCUAGUUGGUACAACUUUUUUUUCCAAACAUUUAUAUCCAUCAAUUCCAAACAGCCCCGGCUCUUACCCGUGGGUCCAAAAAAAUUUUGUGUUGUUUUAAAGAUCUAUUUUAUUGUAUUAAAUUAUCAAAAAGACUCAUAAUUAAGUAAAUCUAAUUUUUUAUUACAAGACAAAACAAUAAAAAAUAGGUAUAUUCACAAUUAGUUUUGAGAUGUUUUUUCUAUUUGUUUCAGAUAGUGUUUUGAAAACCGGACCAGACGUUGAUUCGACAUUGUAACUAGAUCAAUGGUUGGACCGGUCCAAUUGGUUUAACUGGAUUUUAAAUUUUAAUUAAUUUUAUAUUAAGUAACUAUUAUAUGUAUAACAUAAAAUUAUUUUUAUAAAAUUUUAUAUAAUUAUUAGAAUCUAAAAAUAAUAUGAAAACAAAAAAAAUUUUUUUAAAAAUAUAAAAUAAUGAAAAUAAUUUAUUUAGAUAGAUACUUAGAAAACAAUAGAAUUUUCUAUGAAAUAUUUUUAAAAUUUGCAGUUUUAAAAAAAUACUUGAAUUUGAAAAAAAUAGGAUUUUAAUAUCGAUCUUGAUCACUGGUUUUAGCGAGUUUUACUAGUUUUUGACCGGGUUUGCCAAUCUAACUCAAAUCCGGUUUUUAGUAUAACCCCGAACCGAAUAGAUAGCCGAGUCAUGGUCCGACUGGCUGGUCUGGUCUAGUUUUCAAAACACUGGUUUCAGGUCUUAGAGCUCAAGUUAAAAGAAAUUCAGUGAAGAAAAAUAUAGAAAAUAUUUUUAAAAAGGUCUAUAUUAUGUGUUUCGUCCAGGGCUAUUAUAUUGGUUAAAACGACAGUGAUUCCAAAACAUUAUCAGUGAAAAUAAAAACAAAGAAAAAAUACCAGAAUUUAUUCUUGGAAUUCAAUUAUGUCCACGUGCCGUAACGAUCGUCCCGUAGUGUCAUGCCAUUGCCUUACGGAUGUCCAGUCAGUUGAUACCCUUCAACCACAUGAAGAUAAGUUGUCAAUACGAUCAGUACAUAUGGUUUGUUCUCAUAUUAAUGAGAAAGAGGCUUAAAAGGCCCAUUUGUUUAAUUUAAUCCAAAAAAAAAGUUUAAUGUGAGACAUUUAAAUGUUCAUAGCUUAUAUAAAUUAUUUACACACAUUACAACUUCCACA